AUGCGUGUCUCAUCAGUCCUCGUUGCCGCCCUUGCCUCGCAAGCCCUGGCCCGCAAUGACUUCUUCACUGCCGCUGCCAUUGGCAAGUACGCUGCCCUGAUGGCAGUUACCGUGGCCCCCGCCGCUGCCCACCCCCUGUCGGCCUUCCUCCCCACUCGCGAGCCCCACCACCAGGGUGCCAAGAACAAGGCCGCCGGUGGCCGCAAGAACCAGCGUGACCUGCUCGAGGAGGAGGAUGAGGACGAGGAGGAUGACCUCCUCGAGACCCGCGCCCCUCACCAUCAGGGCGCCAAAAACAAGGCCGCCGGUGGUCGCAAGAACCAGCGUUCCGUCGAGGUCGAGGCCCGCGAGCCCCACCACCAGGGUGCUAAGAACAAGGCUGCCGGCCGCAAAGGCCAGCGUGAUCUGUCCGCUGUCGAGGCUCGUGAGCCUCACCACCAGGGUGCCAAGAACAAGGCGGCUGGCGGUCGCAAGAACCAGCGCGACGUAGCCGAGGAGGAGGUCGACGAAGAGGAGGAUGAUGAGGAUGAGGAGGAGGAUGAGCUCGAGACCCGUGCUCCUCACCACCAAGGCGCCAAGAACAAGGCCGCCGGUGGCCGUAAGAACCAGCGCGACCUCGCUGCCGUCGAGACUCGCGAGCCUCACCACCAGGGAGCCAAGAACAAGGCUGCCGGUGGUCGCAAGAACCAGCGCUCCGUCGAGGAGGAGGACGAGGAAGAGGACGACGUCGAGGAUGAGGAGGAGGACGAUGCUCUCGAGACUCGUGAGCCUCACCACCAGGGCGCUAAGAACAAGAACAAGGCCCAGGCCAACCGCAACAACAAGCGCGACGUUGAGGAGGAGGAUGACGAGGAGGAGGAGGACGAGCUCGAGACCCGUGCUCCUCACCACCAGGGUGCCAAGAACAAAGCUGCUGGUGGCCGCAAGAACCAACGCGAUGUUGAGGUUGAGUCCCGCGAGCCCCACCACCAAGGAGCCAAGAACAAGGCCGCUGGUGGUCGCAAGAACCAGGCCCGCGCCCCUCACCACCAAGGUGCCAAGAACAAGGCUGCCGGUGGCCGCAAGAACCAGCGUGACGUCGAGGUCGAGACUCGCGAGCCUCACCACCAGGGCGCCAAGAACAAGGCUGCCGGCCGCAAGGGCAACUAA